CUAAAUCUUUUGCUGAUGAUCCCAUUUGGCUUGCCGAAACUGGUUCGGAUGAAGAUUGAGGUGGGUUUAGGAGGUGGGGUUUGGAAUGAUGAAGAGAAGGCCAUGGUUGCUACGGUUCUGGGCACUAGAGCUUUUGAUUACUUGAUUUCGAACUCGGUUUCGAAUGAAAAUCUGUUCAUGGCCAUAGGCAGCGAUGAGAAUUUGCAGAAUAAGCUUUCGGAUCUCGUGGAACGCCCAAACGCGUCGAAUUUCAGCUGGAACUACGCGAUUUUCUGGCAAAUUUCGCGGUCCAAGUCGGGGGAUUACGUUUUGGGUUGGGGAGAUGGGUCAUGUAGAGAGCCUAGGGAAGGCGAAGAGUCUGAAGGCGCGAGGAUUCUCAAUCUUCGUCUUGAGGAUGAGACUCAGCAGAAGAUGAGGAAAAGGGUGCUUCAGAAGCUGCACAAGUUGUUUGGGGGCUCAGACGAGGAUAACUAUGCUCUUGGAUUAGACAGAGUUACCGAUACUGAGAUGUUUUUUCUUGCAUCCAUGUAUUUCUCGUUUCCUCGAGGGGAGGGUGGCCCGGGCAAGUGUUAUGCAUCAGGGAAGCAUGUAUGGCUCUUCAACGCACUGAAAUCGACCUCUGAUUACUGCGUUCGGUCAUUUCUUGCUAAAUCUGCUGGAAUUCAGACCAUUGUUUUGGUCCCAACUGAUGUCGGGGUAGUUGAACUGGGUUCGGUGAGAUCUGUGGGUGAGAGCUUGGAGUUGUUGCAGUCAAUUAGGUCGUUAUUUUCAACACAAUCCUCUCAUAUGAGGGUUAAACCGAUGGCAGCGUUACCUGUUAUGGGUGAAAAGAGGGAUGAGAAUGCUCAUCUGGCUAAUUCUGCGAUAGUGGAGCGAGGGGAAGUAGUCCCCAAAAUUUUUGGACAGGAUUUGAAUUCAGGAAAUACAGGUCGGCCCCAUUAUAGAGAGAAACUGGCUGUUAGAAAAAUGGAAGACAGAUGGGAUUCGUACUCAAAUGGUAACAGGAUUGCGUUUUCAAGUCCCCGAAAUGGUAUUCAUGCUUCCAGUUGGCCGUAUGGUCAUGGCGUCAAGCAGGCUAGCCCGAAUAGCAUUUUUGUUUCUCAAAGCCCGGGGAAUAACAUUCAGGAGCUUGUUAAUGGGGUUGGAGAAGAGUUUCGGCUUAACCAUUACCAGCCGCAAAAGCAGGUGCCAAUGCAAAUUGACUUUUCAGGGGCUACUUCAAGGCCUUCGGUUAUAAACCGUCCGAUGAGUGCUGAAUCCGAGCACUCAGAUGUCGAAGUUUCAUGCAAGGAAGAGCGACCUGGCACAGCAGCUGAUGAAAGAAGGCCAAGGAAACGGGGCAGGAAGCCUGCCAAUGGAAGAGAAGAACCUCUCAAUCAUGUUGAGGCAGAGAGGCAGCGGCGAGAGAAGCUAAACCAGCGGUUUUAUGCUUUGCGAGCUGUUGUGCCCAAUAUAUCCAAGAUGGACAAAGCCUCCUUGUUGGGAGAUGCCAUUGCAUACAUUAAUGAGCUCCAGGCUAAGCUUAAGGUCAUGGAAGCAGAUAGGGAUAAUCUUGGGAGUUCUUCGAGAGAUGCAUCAUCUUUAGAAGCUACCGCGAAUCCAGAAAGUCAGAACCGAGCUCCUGAUGUUGAUAUUCAAGCUGCUCAUGAUGAGGUUAUUGUUAGAGUUAGCUGUCCUUUGGAGUCGCACCCUGCAUCAAGAAUCAUCCAAGCCUUCAAAGAGGCACAAAUCUCUGUUGUUGAGUCGAAACUUUCCGCUGCAAAUGAUACUGUGUUUCAUACUUUUGUAAUCAAGUCUCAAGGAUCUGAACAGCUGACAAAGGAAAAGUUGAUUGCAGCAUUUUCCCGGGAAUCAAACUCCUUACAGAUGACAACGUCUGUUGGAUAGUACAAGAAUUGCAAUUAACAUAGUCUAUAUAGGGCAUAAUAGUGAAGAACCCGUUUAAAAGAUUCUUCAGAGGUUUUGAUACAGCAGCUAGCAGGGGAUCCUAAAAGUAAGAGCAGUGCCAGCUAGAGUAGAGAAAUAACUACCUAUUAACCAAGUAGUGCAGCAAAAUUUUCUGUCAUUGUUUAUAGCAUACAUAGUUUUGUCAUAAGUAUUCUUGCAAGGUGGAGUAAAUCUGUAAGUUUGACCGACCCUACAUCAUUGCUAUUAAGAAGCUGAUAAAUUUGUUUUGUUUUCCCAAACUUUAUAGUUCUAUGAAUUUUUUAUUCUUUUUUUCUAGUCUACGCGUUGUUGUUAGGACUGUCUUCCUUUGGCUGGAUAUGAACUUCUCAGCAAUCUUAUUGCUGCUUGUAUUGUCGAAGGAAAUUAUAGAGUUAUAAAUGAAUACCAAGAAUUUGCAUUUCAUUA